GUCAUGACUUACUAAUCACAGGGAGAAUUUCUUAUUUAAGUUAAACAGUCAUGCGAGCCUUCGGGUGGAACGGGACUUUGCUGCUGUUGCUGGGAUGGUUGGCUAUAAAUAAUGUUGAGUCAAGCAUCGGGACCCGUGCCAACACGCCCUUAGUGAUUGAAAUUGUGGCCGUGGCCGACUACAGCGUAUUUGACGAAUGGUACAAGACGACAGACUCCAGUCUCCCGCAUGCUACACGUGUUAAUAUAGCCAAGCAUAACCUGACUACAUGGGUUGGGACCACUAUUCAUUCAGCAAAUUUUGUAUACAAAGAACUUGAAGCUCACAACUUGUUCAUUUCGUUGAAACUGGUAGAUUUGAGAGUAAUGACGACUGUCGCAGAUUCACCGUGGACAGAGACGACGAAAUUCAAGAUGAACUCAACUUACAUGAUAGACUAUAGAGACGUACAUCCAUUGUUUAAGCCUACGUCCCUGGCAUUACAAAAAACCAUACCACAUGACCAUGCCAUGCUUUUGACUAGAUACACGAUGACUCAUCGUUCAAAUGGAACACAUUUCUAUGCAGGGAACACGUUUCUGGCUUCGGAAUGUAAACCAAAAAGUCAGUCUAUAAUUAAAGAGACAAGGAACAUGUAUACAGCCAAUACCAUUGCCCAUGAGCUAGGCCAUACUCUCGGAUGUGAACAUGAUGGUGACAAUAACGCAUGCGCAGACGGAUAUGUAAUGGCACCCCAACUUUCCAUGACAAGUACAAGAAAAUGGACGUUUUCAUCGUGUUCAGUGCAAUAUAUAAGGAAUUUCAUCACUAAGCUUAAUAGCGAACAUCAUAAUUGUCUAGCAAGCGUGAACGACAACCAUGUAAACAUGGAGGUUUACAAUGCAUCUCAGAAGUGGGUGGGGGAGGUUUUCACUCAUGACCAGCUGUGUGUAGGAUAUAGCGGUAAAGGAUCGUACUUCUGUCGGGACAAAUAUAACGGGAAUUUCACAGGGAUGUGUAGGAGAAUGUUUUGCUACAAUCCUUAUUCAAAGUUUUGUACUUACACAGACGCUGGGGACGGUAUUCCUUGUGGAACUGGCUCAUGGUGCAAGACAGGAGAAUGUGUUAAGGACAGUCGAGUAUCUCAAUCCUUCAGUGAUACUUGCGUCGCCGGGGACGAGAAAGGGGCUGUAGAUGGAAAUAAAACAUGCGCGGAAAUUGUAGCGGAUGGUCAGUAUAACUGUCUGCGAGGUGACAUCAAGUAUAAAUGUUGUGGAUCAUGUAGAACCGUGACUACACAUACUGUACCGGCGGAUACACAAUGUCAACAACACUUUGGAGAUGGCUCGUACAUGUGUAGGUAUUCAAGCUAUUACCAUAACAACACAUACUCGAAAAUAUGCCAUUCCUUAUUGUGUACCCGGCCGACCAACCCGGGAUAUUGCAAUGGUAUGAAAGCCUACGACAAGACGUCAUGUGGAGACAAGAUGUGGUGUAUGAAUGGAGAAUGUGUACACAAUACAAAUGCUGUAUCAGUCCAUGAAGCAAGUUGUAUACCCGGAGACAGGCAGGGUGUAGUGGUUGAAAACCAAACAUGUGCACAUCUUGUGAAGAACUCUCCGAGAAGAUGUCUUGAUUCAAAUAUCAAGCGUUUAUGUUGUAUGUCUUGCUCUAAAGUACACGUAUCUGCCAUACAUGUAGACGAACAAUGUAGCAGCAAGUUUGGACAAGGGUCCAAAAUGUGUAGGGAUAUAAAUAGUUAUACAAGUCAUCCGAACCACCCGUAUUCUGUGAUAUGUGGAGGCCUAUACUGUAGCAAUACAACUGUUCCUUCCAUGUGUCACUGGAUGAGACCGUUUGACAUGACACCAUGUGGUGACAAGAAGUGGUGUAAGAGUGGGCACUGUGUACAUGACGAUAAUGCCCCAGCAAGUGCAGACGAGAAAUGUUUGCUCGGUGAUCAGACGGGCCCGGUACACAAUCAGCAGACUUGCCAAGACGUCGCCAAUAGUUCCCCGACUUUGUGUCUUCAAUCAAAAAUCAAGCGUCUAUGUUGCAGUUCAUGCAAGACUGUAAAUAUCACUACCAUACCAUCUGUUGAUGCCCAGUGUGCAGAAAUGUAUGGUGAUGGUUUCUCCAUGAAUAGGCAUCUGACCAUUUACAACAGCAACAACUAUGAAAUGAUAUGCAGUCGCUUGUACUGCCGAGACACGAAAUCCUAUCAUUCGAUGCACGCCUAUGAGAAGACACCAUGUGGUCACAAAAAGUGGUGUAUAGAUGGUCAAUGUGUGCAAGAUGAUAAAGCCCCGGCUGUGUUAGAAAGCUGUCCAAUGGGUGAUCAUAAGAAUGACACGCGCGUGACAAGUGCUCAUCUUACAUGCGCUCAGAUAGCUCAACCCGGUAAUCAUGGGUCGUGUUAUAGCAGUUACACUGUUAGAGAAUGCUGUAAAACCUGUGUCGAUAUACGAAGUCCAAUAAAAGGAUGUGAAUACGGUGAUAAAAGUCAGUAUUGUAGGAAAUCAGAUUGUGGAAGAUACCAGCAGGAUGCUUUGGCGAGAUGUUGCGAGACUUGUAGGGGAGCGGCGAUUGUCGGAUAAUAUAAAAUGACGUCAGACAUAUUGUUGUAGGUCUAUCUGAAAUAAAUAGAUAAU